GCAUAACCCGAAGAGAACCCCAUCUCGACUAUUUUCUGCCCAAUUGAACCGCCUUCAUCCAUCCUCUGCCACCCCGAUACCCAGAAGAAGAUGCUCUCGACGCGUGUCCAGUGCGCCCUAGCGCUGCUUUCCCUAGCCCUGGCCAUCAGCAGCGUCUCUGCCGCUCCGUCCGAUGCCAAACUUCGCCAGCUUCUUCAACGGUCACUCAUGGCACCUGCAGGCAAACAGGAGCUUGCCAGGUAUACACUCGCAGAGCUGCUCUCAGAGCUUGCACAAGCAGAGAACGAGGCGAUUGAGUCAGAUGACCUGUCUCGUGGCGUGGAGCAGGAGGAUGUGCGUCUCGAGCUGGAGCGUGCAGCUGGCCCAGUACUGGCGCCGCGUGAACGCAAGGCUGGAUGCAAGAACUUCUUCUGGAAAACCUUUACAUCAUGUUAAUUCAUCUACACCCGGGCCCUUUACUGCGUAUACUACAUCUCAUCUCUUUGGUUUCAAUAUAAAAAUGUUAUGUUAUUUUAUGCGCCAUGGCUUAUCCCGCCAAUCGCAAAAAAUGUAAAUAAAAAUUAUUAUAACUUUAACAACAAUCAUGCUGAUGUCUUUAUCGAUCAUUUUGUUUUUUUCCGAAAAAACACAUGAAAGAAUGUUCUAGAGAAUGUAUGAAAUUCUGCUUUUGACUGUGCUUUAUGUAUUCUGGCAGAUAAACUAUUUUUAAUUGUUUGUUUGAAUAAAAUCUGUGUUUCAG